CCUUUCAUAGUUAGCAGUCAUUUACCAUUUCCGGUUCGAUAAGUACAAUGUGAAGCAUUUUCAGAUUUUAUAAUGUGAAUGUAUUUGACAUAUAUCUUAGUGUAACUAUAAAUCAUGCCAGUGCCUAGUCUGAGUCGGACAGUGUGCUCCCAGUUGUUGAGUCUUCCACUGAUAGCAUGCCGGAGAGUUCUCUUGAGGCAGAAUGGGACUGUACAAAUGGUGGAGAGGGUGCGGAGUGUGAAUCUGUACCAAGACGACAAGCAACCCAAGUUAAGGAGCAGACACUACAUUUAUAGGAAAAUAGAAAACCCCAUACCUCCUCCCACAGAAAUCGAGGUUCUCCUAACAGACCACGUGGAUGGACUUGGAAUCAUGGGCGAUAUUGUCAAAGUCCCUAAAAAAAUGUGGAGAAAUUUCCUGUAUCAGGCUCGCUUGGCUACUUACCCAACCCCCGAAAACAUUGCAGAUCUGAAUACAGAAAUGAAGGCUAUGGGAGACAGUUUGAACAUUCUUAAGAAGCUUGGAAAGUAUAGUCGUAUAACCCUCCAGAGAAUUCGGGGAUUGAAUCUUCCUGUGGAGUUGGUCCCGAGUGCGAAGGGCUGGACUCUUACCAAGUCCCACAUCAGAGUGGCUCUUAGGAAAGUGGGUAUUUCUGCUACUGAGGACUCCAUCACCUUGCCUGAAGAUCCAAACAUACAUACACCAGGGGAGUUCAUCUUCACCCUGACAAUGAAUGAUGUAGUGGCCCUUAAGGUGCGUGCCACCCUGGUAGAGCGCCCCCUGGUAUUCAUGGAAGAAACACCGGCAGACAGGAUACAGGUUUGGAAUAAUCCCACGGUAACACCUGAUGACGAAUUGAGUCCUGUCAUCAGGAAAUUCCUGACCACUCCAGCGAUUGACAUCAAUGCCUACAGACAGAAACCUCCAAAAUAGUUCAGGGAGACCAGACACACGUGCACACAAAAGACACCAUAAGAAUUUCAGCCACUGACAUUUUUCACAAACAUGAUGUGGAAACCUCAGACAGAAGAAUAUUUGUCUAACCCAGUGUUUAAAACGUUUUGGUCAAUAUUUGAUGACAGAAGACAAUUUGUCUGGUGGAGAGGAGAAGAGAGGCUUUAGAAGUGUUUUGGUAAAUGUUGAGUUGUGUGAUUAAAUUAAAACGAGUAAACUGUC